AUGAGUGGCGACGAUCAGGCACCCAGCUUUGGUGAUCCAAACGCUCGGCCGCCAACUCCACAACGGACUCCUACUUCGGCCACAUCGGCCGCUUUCUCGAGUCCUCUGCUCGAGACGCCCAAGCAGAACUCGGGUCGCUUCGACGAGGCCUCCGGCUGGACCCCUCGAUUUGCCGAGGACUAUUCCGUCUUCAAUUCCACGCCCGGGAACCUGAGGGGGUCCUCGAGCGCAUUCCACCCGGAGUUUGCGCCGCUGAGCCCAGUGGCUCCAGCAACGGGAAAGAAGCGACCACUGUCAGCUGAAGGCGUUGCCCUCGAGAUCGCGACCCAUGCCAACCACUUCUCGACAAAUCCCCAGAAUCUCCUGCCGGUCGACCCAGCGCGGCGUCUCCCCUCCUCACCUGAUCCCCUAACACUCACACACAGCACCUCGACCGACCCGAGCGCCACGCCGACAGCCUCGCAGCAGCCUGGCCAGCGGUCGGCCAAGAAGUACCGGUCGAGCAGCUCGUCGGAAGCUACCAGCAGGGACGCCCCUCAGGCGCAGACUGCCACCCCUCCCCCAUCCUCCAGGGGCGGACGCAAGCUCGCGCCCAAGCUUCAGACCGACACUAUGCAACAUCAGAACUUUGCGCAGCCGGACUUCUCGAAUGCGCCCCCGACACAGCAUCCUCAGCUCAACACGGCGUUUGUGACAGGUAGUCCAGAGGAUGUCUUUGGCUACCCAAUGGGCCCCCGGCCACGGCGCCGCCAAUAA